AGUGACAGUUUGUGUAUGGUUGCUAGGUUACACCAGUUAAACUGGAGGAGAGCAGAACCAGCAGUCUCCCAUACGAUGCCGCCUAAGAAGAAAUCCUCCAAGAAAGCAGCAAAGGCUUCUGGGAAGGAAGGCCCAGUGGAGGCAGAAGAGGCUGUUGGGGAGGCUACUCAGGAGAGGACUGUGAGUGAGCGGGAGGCUAGGAUGCAGGCAGAACAUACUCUGUUGGCCUCAGAGCAGGAAGGGCUGAGGAAGAGGAUGGAGCAGCUGAGGAAGGAGAAUGAGUUGUUGCAGGAGGAGGCAGAGAGGGUGCGUAUAGAGAGUCAGGAGUACCUCUCCUACAUGAGCAAGAGGAGCCAGCGCCAGCAGGACACCAUCAUCAGCCUGAGUGACCAAUACCAGAGGGAACUGGAGGACAUCGGCAGGCAGAGAAAAGAAGUGGAGAGUCAAUUUCAAGCAGAAGAGAAAAAGCUGAGGGAGACAUUGCUCCACAGGGAGGUAGAAAUGGCCAAAGUGAUGAAGGAGCUGGAGGAGCUGAAGCCCAUGAAAGAACUGCAGAGGCAGCAGCUGGUUCAGAUCAAGGAGCUUGAGGACGAGGUGAUGACAAACCGUGGGAGACAUGCUGAGGCCAUGCUCAGGGUGAAGAGCGCAUUCCUGCGGGAGAAGGCCCAGUGCCAAAAGGACUCAGAACAGCGGUUAGACCAGUUGUCCCAAGAGGCCCACAAAGAGGCAAAGAAGGCAAUUGUGGAGAUGAGCACCAGAGUGAAAGAGGAGAACCAGCAGCUCAGACAGGAGCUUCUUCUUCUCAUCCGUAGUUCCCGGGUGCUGCAAGGCCAGAAACAGAAGCUGGAGGAACAGAACAAGCAACUGGUACGAGAGCAGCAGUGCAGGAGAGAACUGGUUAUUGCCCACCGCAAGCUCAACAACAUCUCCCUUCCUCCUACUCAGUGACCCCAUCACUGAUCAACAGCCCUACACCAAACUCACCCUAAACAUGUCCCCCCAAUACUCAACUAAACCCUGGCACUGAUCUGCAUGGUCCACUUAAAUUCCCAUUACAUGUUCAAUAUGGCUGAGGGUUCUGCUAUAUUAGUUCUGCUAAUAACUGUGAGCCAUCACUUUACCCUAAUGUAUAUCAUAUGGCUAAUUUAUUGUAUGUAAAGCUGCCAUAGGCUGGAGUCUAGAUAGUCUAUUAAUACAUCAAUAAAUUCAUUAUACACCAA